GAGACUGGGGCUCGAGGAGCUGCUGUGUUUUCUUUUUUAAAAACGUUGCUUCUAAACCGUUAAUCACAUUUAUAAACGGUCAUGUCUGGCAGAGGGAAAACCGGAGGCAAAGCCCGAGCGAAGGCCAAGUCUCGCUCAUCUCGCGCCGGACUCCAGUUCCCGGUGGGUCGAGUUCACAGGCUACUGCGCAAGGGCAACUAUGCGGAGCGCGUCGGCGCCGGGGCUCCGGUGUAUUUGGCGGCCGUGCUGGAGUAUCUGACCGCUGAGAUCCUGGAGCUGGCGGGCAACGCGGCUAGGGACAACAAAAAGACCAGGAUCAUCCCGCGGCACCUCCAGCUGGCCGUGCGCAACGACGAGGAGCUGAACAAGCUGCUGGGAGGUGUGACCAUCGCUCAGGGAGGAGUGCUGCCAAACAUCCAGGCUGUCCUCCUCCCCAAGAAGACGGAGAAACCGGCCAAGAGCAAGUAAAAGACUCCCCGCAGGCCCGGAUUCAGUCGGGACAAAGGGCUCACCUCGGAGCCGGCCACUUUUUUCAUAUCAGUGUUUUUCUUUUUUUUCUUCUUGGAUUAAUAAUCUUUCAAAUAGGGGGCAGUGUUUUGGUGUUGCUGUUUCUCAUCGGGACUGUUCAUAGACUGCUCUGUAAGCCACUGUUGUGCUCUUGGUUUCGAAAAUGGAGGCGCUUUGUGAAGGCUGAGGGAUGAAGAAGGCCGCGGAAAAGAAAAAACAUCUUAAUAUGGACCAAUUCUGAAGGGAGGGGUUGUUUUUAGUUUCGCAAUGCUGCUACAAAAACGUGCAAAAUUUGUUGUAUAUGUUUUAUGUCAUGUUUCAAUAAAUGUCCUGCAGCCUUGUGGCACAGGGCGCAUACA